CUGUCCUAAGCAGGUCGAUUGAGAUUGACAGUUACCCCAUUAAGCUCGUAAUUGCAAAUGAACAGAGUGAAGAUCGCUACUGCUAAAGAUAAGUGAUAACAAACCAUGAUCUGUCGUUUCUUUCUAUUCGUACUCUACUUUGCCAGUGUUGCCUCAUCUGGCAUGGGUACGGUAAACAAUGGAUUUACCUGGGACGGACUAUACGACCCUGGAAAUCGAAGCUUUCCUGUCGAAAGCCGGGAGUUAACGGGCAAAGGACUCCAUCGACAUGGUAUGAACAGGGUACAGAAAACGCCGGGUAGAAAUAGAAAAUCUGGAAAAAGAAAAAGAGAAAGCAGCGAUGAAAUGGGCUCGACAUGUGUGUCGAACCCAACCAUUGUUGAGACCUUUUUCCUCAUUGAGUUUGCUAGCAAUAGCGGAGACAGCCUCUCAAGCAUUGAACGGAUGGCUCUUGAAAAUGCUGUUCUCGAAUCAUAUAACGGCCUUCUCGAGUCGGUCUGCGAUGCUCCCUACUUUAGAGAAGCUGUUGCUGUGGUGCUGCUCAACGAGAGUGGUGGCGGUCCCAAUAUCACCAUCCCGACACGCACAUUACUAGAAGACUCUCGCUCGAGUCAUUCCAAGAGACGUGACCUACAGACGCUUUUUAAAAGACGUUUUACUUUUGGUGUCACGAUUCAAUGUAAAGGAAGUUGUCCUCCUGAGGCUACCGCUUUUACUGGAAAUGCUGGGACGAGACGAUGGUUGGAGUUGCAUUCCAGUAGCAAUUCCAGUAAAGUUGAAUGCACCAAAAAAUCAGAACCAAAGCCAAAAUCCAGCAAGACGAUAGCGCCUAAUCCAAAAGCGAGCAAGACGUCAGCACCCAAUCCGAAGUCAAGCAAGACGCAAGUCCCCACUCCGGCUCCCAGCAACAGCCCUGAGAACACCCAGUGCCAGUGUCCUAUUGAUAUGAUUAUUCUUCCUACAGAGUCAAGUUUCACUGACGUCCUGAUUGAAAAGAUCAUACAACGUCAGGAAGUCAGAGACUUACCAGCCGAUCUCGGGGUACCGGACGCUACGGUUGAACUGGAGGAAAGGGACUGUCAGGAAGAAUCGAUCUUCGAAAGUUUUGUGACGGUCACUGUAGAUGGUGAUCCAGGCAAGUUGACCGCCGAAGAAAUCGGUCUCUUGGAAGAGAUCUUCAAGCAGUCUUACAACAAUCUCAACGGGAAAAGCUGUGACCCUAGCUUCCGACGUAUCCUGAGUGCUUCCUUUGUCUUCCCGCUGGGGCCUGAGGACUUACCGGAUGAGACACGACGUCUUUUUGUGGGUUAUCCCCGUGACUUAUCCCUAAGGAAGAUCGGAUUUCGAAUCACCGCUUCUUGUAGAGAUUGCCGGGGGGAGCGCUCUCUGUUUUCAGGAAACACGGGUUCUCGUCAUUUGGAGCAAACAGCUUCUGCCAAACUAGACGGAAAUCGAGGACUCCAAUUAGAUGUGCUACUAGAGGGCUGCUUUUGUUCUGUUUUUGGCGACCGAAACAACCGUGCUCCAACCGUGACAGAAUUCGAGGAUGCAUACACGAAUACUUUCCAAAACGUCAAAAUGGAAAACGACUUGUUUAUGGAAAUCGAUUCGAUCUUUGAUAUCGUAGAAGGAAACGACGGCGUCGUCUCGCAGCCGCCGUCUCCAGUACCAUUCAGUCAACCAUCUAGUCUCCCAAUUGCAAUCUCCUCCAACGCUCCCUCUGGCAUUCCGAUUUCAUUGCCAUCCGCUACGCCUAUUUCACCCUCUCUCUUACCAUCGGGUGCCCCCACUUCAGUUCCAUCGCUCCGCCCUACGGUUUUCAACGACAACCUCCCCCCGGACUUUUUCCCCGGACUAUAA